CCUUACCUUAUUAACGCAAUCGUAGAGGCCCUAAUGUAAAGUGCGUGGUACUAAUACGGCCUACAAAAGGGAGCUCAUUCGAAAAUUUGAGCUGCAAAUUAGAAAAAUACCGUGCGAGAAGCCAGCAAGAAUGCGCAAAUAUAUGUUUGCUUGGUUUAAGGUUCAAGUCGGAAUAAUCCUACUUCAAGGUGAGACAACGCAACGAUAUUCUUUAAAUUUUAUAUCUCGUCGUGCCAAUAAUGAUUGCUUUUAGAUCAAGUGUUGUGUCAAAAGAGCCCGGUGAGAGAAAUACGAAACAGAUAAAAAGCUUCAAGUCGAUUGGGAAAAGCGUGAAAUCUUAUGUUAUAUAUCGGUUCCUUAAACCCAUAUACUUUGCCCUAGAAAUUUUUAAAAAGUUUACGUUUUCAAUUUACCCAGUAUAGGACUCCAAUUUAUAAAAGGUUUUAUAAAGAGGAGAUUUAGAUUUUAAACUGUAGUUUAGAAAGUUUAAUUAAUCAGAACAAUUCAUCAUUCGCCUGGGUUUGAUUUAAAAACGAACUUAUCAGUUCUAUUUCCCAUCUAAGAAACUCGCCAAUCUUUGAGUUUUCUUAUUUCAAAAGUGAUGGAUAUUAAUGUUGUGAUUCUUAACUUUCUUUCCGAUUGAAUAGUUUUAAUUGGCUUUGUAAAUAACACUUUGCAUUCGAAAGACAAGUUUAGUUUUUCUGCGCACAGAUGUAUCUGUGAGUUGAGAUGAGCCUAGAGGUAGGUUGACGUGAGUAGUUAAACAAACUGUCGUUAGAUAUCCACCAUUUUCCCCAAUGUGAUAUCGCGGGACUACUGGCGGGCAAAAAUUGUUACAAACUCACAUACGCAAACACGAAUAAAUAAAUAAAAUAAAUAAAUAAAUGAAUGAAUAAAAUGAUAUGAAAAUGGAGAAGGGGGAGGUAAAUAGUUGUGAUACAGCUAUGUAGGCGUUACAGUUAUGUGGGCGGCUGAAUGAAAGCUCUGAGGGCUGAAUGGAAGCUAUGAGCCCUUUCUCCAAACCUUUUUUAAUCACGUAUGCCGGCGACUUUGGUCGUUAGAGAAGGCAUUCUGGUUCUUCCUCAGGGAGAAACGUCAUUAUCGAUGGCAUCAAAGAUAAGCACUACUACAACAAAAAGAACCUAGAAAGAGGGAUCGUGAUCAAAACAUUCCUUUUUUGGCUUUAAGAUUGGGUAUUCGAACUCAAAACUACAGCAUUUCAGAAUCAUGAUGACCAAUGAAGUUUCAGUCCGUCGAAGCGAUCACGAACUCUCCAAACAGCUGGAAAUUUCCAUUAAAAAAAUAUCACGUCAGAAACCUAUUUUCUCAACUUACGAAAUAAUAUGAAUGCAAAUUGAGUGUCACGUUCAACAUUGAGUGAAACCGAAAGUGCGUAUGACGGUGAUAAAGAAAUUACUUGAGGUGGCUACGAAGUAAUUUUUGGUAUUUUAUAGCAAAUUAAUUGCUCCUAUUGCAUUUCUAAGUUAGAAAUUUGAGAGGAAAGAUUUAUUCGAAUACAAAUUCGACUAGUCAUUACGUGUUUGGGUUACUUUCCCCCAUUCGAUCAUCUAUUUUUUUUUAAUUGUUUUUUUUGUCUUUCGAAAGAGAAAAUAGGCAUACCGUAUGAAUAUUCCAGUUUCAGUUUUUGUUAUAUCAGUAAGCAGAUCGAAUUAUGCAAACUCCAAAACAAAUCGCUGUCGCUCAAAGAAAGCAUUUCAAUGUGGCUAUGAACCCUGAAACGCGAGUCAGCACACAAAUCAACACGAGAAAAUGCUAGCUAAAGGUAAGCAUAAAAAGUAUAUUUCAAUUUUGCUCAUUUUCGUAGUAAAGAAUAUUUCUUAUACAGGGUAAGGCUCUCGUAGUGACCUUGAGCGGCUAUCUGUAUAUAUAACUGGAUGAUAAACUGACCAGAGAAAGAAAUAAUAUAUUCUGAUUUUAGAGGCCUGGUGUACGUCUAUGUAUUUCCCAUUUGUUUUUUUUUCCUUGCUUAUUCGCCAAUGUUAUGUCAAGUCCGUUUUGACUGUAAAGUCGACAAAUGUGCGGGUAGAAAUCUUAAUCAAUUCUGAUGUUCGGCAUGGAAUACUGAUUUGUAACAAUAGAAAUGACCAUUUCAUCAAAAGUUUUAGGUGUACAUGUCCACAUCCGCGUAACAAAUAAAGAGGACAAAUUUGCGGAUUUCGAUUACCGUUACGCUAAAUAGAGGGCGCCCCUUAAGACAGAUUUGACUAUACCAUAGGAAAUCCCAAUCCAGUAAUUGCCAAAUAUCACAACCUAUUUAGGUUACAAUGCAGAGAAAGAAGCUCUCGCUAUUCGCCUUUUUGAAGAUUGCUGUACUGUGACACCAGCUCAACUUUAUUUCGAGCUUAAACUUUGACACUACGUUAGGAGCAGUAUUGCUUUAUCAGUGGCUAUUGCGUUUUGUUUUCAAGGAAAAUGGGUGCAAAUUUAUUUCCAAACCCAAGUCCGAUCCCACAGUGCAAUGCGACACAAAACUGACCCAGUCUCAAGCUCAACCAGAAAAUGAUCAAUUUCUCAAGUAGAUUAGAGCCUGGGUUCUAAGCCAUUAGUGAUUUUUAUGUACGUUUUCCAAGAAAACCAUUUUUAAAGACAUCCGAGAGGAAUUAUAGUUGGUAAAGUAGACUACGGCCUAAAGAAAAAAAAAAUUGAAAAAGACACCCAAACCAGGUGGACAUUUGAUCGACCACGCCCUCUUUUGUUCUAAAAUUACAUUGAACGAUGCCCACCACUUCUUACGCGUGUAGCUACACUUUCUUUCUAUCAAAACAUUGACCCUACAAAGACAAGUGUCUACGAACUAGGCUAGGAAAGGCCCGAAACGUUACAAUAGGUGCAAUUGGUGUUCAUUGACUGGUGUCAGUCCGUCCUCUUACUAAACUUUUCGUCGGGAGAAAGACGUUUAAUGACCUCGUAUCAUCGCCAUUUUUUUUUUUUUUUACAAGAAGACUGUUAGUAGCCACUGUUUGGACGUACAAAAGAGAAACUGUUUAUUUUCUAUAUAGUGGGAAUCUCGGACCAAAGGAUUUCUCCAUAAAACAGGGCGUGGCUGGUCACGGAAAUCCCCUCCCUUAAAAUUCUGAGAAAUCUGUAAAGAACUAGGCCUUAAUCUACUUGAGUUUCCAUAUUUAAGCGCCAUCUUUAUCUUUAAAGGGACAGUGCAGUCAUCAGUGCUUACAAUAUCAAAAUUUUUAUUUCAUUUUGAUUUAUUCAAUAACAACUUUAUUUGUAUGAAAAUGGAUGAGUGCAGAAAGGUGACAACAGAGACAAACUGAAUCAUUGUAAUUAAAAGGUUUUCUCUUUCCCAUACAACUGAUACAUGGCUGCCGGGGCUCUAUUAAUUAAUUAAUCUCGGCACGUGCAAAGCGGGCCAAUAAACAUCAGUGAUUUGUUGUUUAGCACAUCAUUUUGCCUGGCUGUCGUUGUUAUUAUUAUUUUUAUUCAAUAUUUCUUUCUUUCUUUUUUUUUUCUUUUUUUUUUCUACGAUGGAAAGGUGAUUUAAGGACCAAAUUAAACGUUAAAAUGUCGGACUAGAUCCCUUUUGUUGACGAAAAUAUACGGUAUUCUAUUCAAUAUCAUAUCAUUUUUGUUGCAGGAUUCACUCCAACAAGCGCUUUGUCUGCAAAGAUACAGGCUGUUCCACUGAAUACAAGUUACAAUCCAGGAGAAAAUGUCACCCUGAUCUGUCUAAUACAAUGUAAUUGCUCCGCUGACGCCAUCAACUGGUAUAAAGAUAACAAUCCAAUCGGAAUUCAAAACGACGUCAAUUCACUGGAGAGCGAUAGAAUGUCGCUUUUAAACAUAAGCAGACAUGACGCUGGAAAAUACAAUUGUACGGCGUGGAAAAACCAAGAAUUUGCUAGUGACGAGUUCAAUCUUCAUGUAAACAGUAAGUCGGCAGGCAACUAAUUUAGUUAGUAGACGAAAUGAUGUCACUGAGGAUAAUCAGGAAGAGCGCAUUAGUUCCCAGAGAAGUCAAUCGUUAAAAAUUGUUAUCGAUUUAUCAAUCGAUAAAUCGAUGAAAAUCGGUAAAUCUGAUUUGAUUGACAUCGAUUGUAUCGAUCAAUCGGUAGAAGUCGAUCACACACUCGUUUUGUUCAUCGAUUUAUCUCAAAGUGAUUUUUACAGAUUUAAUCGAUUUAUAUCGGAAGAUAAUCUGUUCUUUAAUAAAUGAAAACUAAAUUAAUGCAAACAGUAAAUGUAUUGACAAUUGAGCUGCAAUUGGGAGUCGAAGGAUCAAGCGAUUAUCACUAUUUCAAAAAAUCUUUAAAAUAUAAAUAUUAUUUUUUUUUUCUUUAAGACCAGGUUUAAAAUCUUCUGGUGGCUUAUAUUGGUCAGGUUUGUAAGCGCCCAAUUUGUCAUAAUUUAGAUCUGCCACCCUUUCAAAAACAACGUCAAUGAAGUAUUAGAUACUGGAGUAAUCAAUAGACAAAAAUCGAAAUCGAUAAAAAUCGUCCGCAAUGAAGUGAUCGAUUGUUAACAGAUUGUUAACAGAAAACAAUGAAAAUCUUUCUAGGGAGAUCUUUUAACCUGAAUUUCAGAAAUCCCCCCAAAUCGUACCCUGCUAGCAGAGUCGCUUCGAUCUUUCCUAUUAUCUAGGAAAGAUCGAAGCGACUCUGCUGGCAGGGUAUCCGAAUCGAAGGCGGCAUGUCUGAAAUUCAGGCUAGGAACUCUUUAUCUCAAAGGUUGUAUUUCUCGUGAUACCUUCUUGCCAGGACUGAAUGUAAUUAAACUAAACCUAAACUUGUUAUUAUGUACAAAAUAAUGGGUUUUAGAAACAAACUUGCAUGCGUGUGUGAUAGUUUCCACAUUUCUCACUUUCAUGUUUGUCGAACAUUUGUUACUCAUGGAUGUGUUUUCUCAACUGUACUUUCUAGUAACUUAUGCCAAAACUGACAACAACAAUGGCGGACUUCCGUAAUAAAUCGUUAAAAUCAUAAAAAAUCGAUAAUAUCGAUUUGACACAGCAAUUUAGUUUAUCGAUU